GGAGAGUGGGCCGGGCCGGCAGCUCCGGACUCCGGCAUUGCCCGGCAUUGACACGGGAGCCGCUCCGGCAGCGCCAUGGAGCCGGGAUCCCGCUGACCGUAACUCUCCCUCUCCCUCUGCGCUGGGGAACAACCGGGGAGCAGAGAGCACCAGACUCGGAGGACCGCUUGGAGGACAACUCGGCCUUUUUUAGGCAGGUGACGGACGCUUACCAUGGCACUGGUGGCAGAGAACGGCAAUGGCGGCUCGGAUUGGCAGAAGCGGUGUGUGGUGCUGGAGUCCCAGCUCUACAGGUUCCGGCUGCAGGCGUGCAAGAUCCGCGAGCUACUGGCUGAGAAGAUGCAGGAGUUGGAAAAGCGAGUGAUUGAGGCAGACGAGCGGGCUGAGACUGCGGAGAAACAGGUCCAGGCUUUAAAGGAGAAACUGAAAGCAGCCAAUAUCCAGACCAGUGAAUCAGAGAAUAGUUUACUCAGAAGGUACCAUGAGAUGAGCAACACACUGCAGGAAAAGGACGACGUGAUUCAGAGGCUGGAGCAGCAGUUGGAGGAACAGAAUAAGCUGAGAGGUCAGGAGGCGAAGAUAAUUGAAGAGAAGGCAGCAAGAAUCAAGGAGUGGGUGACGUUUAAACUAAGAGAACUGGAAUUCGAAAACUAUCAACUCAAGGUGACCACUUGCAAGCAAGCUGAACAAAUCCAAGCCCUACAGAACAAGAUUCAAGAUUUGCAAGACAAGAGGCCGCUCGCCGAUCUGACUGAAGCCCCCGGGCCAGCGACGACUCGGGCCCCCGAUUCACUCGAGAAGCCCCACCAGGUGGCUGAUGGCAGGAAGGAGCCUCGGCAGGAGGGGAGCGACCCGCGAGGGUGCCGGGCGGUGGCGGUGGUGGAGGAAGAGGGCGGCACUGCCGGAGCGGUGAGUCGGGGGAGCUGCAACGUGACCCAGGCGUCGGCAGGGCCCGGGCUGCUGGAUGGGGAGCCGCAGGUCUUGGUGGCCAAAGAUACCUGCAGGACCGCCUCCGGCCACCAGGGCGGGUUGGCCCCAGUGACUGCUCCGCAAAAGGACCCUCCAUCCGGUGGACACGACGGCAGGCUCCGCUCCGCGAGGCUGGACUCUUCCACUUCCCACAGCCAGACGAUCGUGCCGGGCCCCAACACGCCCGCGCAUACACUGUCCCUGCCGGGAUCGCCCGGCCCCAAGGCCUCCCUGACUCUGGCCGCCAAGGAGAACAGCGCGGGCACCAGCAUGACCCUGCCCAAGGUGCGGACUCCACUGGUGCCCAGGGACAGCAUCCAGCUGGCCAAGAAGCACUACAGCCAGCCGCAAGCCGGCGCGGACAGGCUCCACCAUGUGGUCUCCAUCAACAUCUCCACCUUCAAGCCCGUGGCUGUCCUGCCGCUGCCCGUACGGGUGCAGGAGACCGACAUCGACGAUGUCCCCGAGCAGAUGGAGACGGAGGAGCCCGCUGCAGAGCAGGACCUUGCCCGUCAGCACCCGCCCGCUGUCUCCAGGGAGCUGCCCGAUACCCACUGUGCCAAGCGUGCCUCCACCAGCCAGCCCCCACCUCCUCCGCUGCAUCGAUUCCCUUCAUGGGAGGGUCGAAUCUACGCCCUGGCUAAAUCGGGCAUGAGGAUGUCGGAAGUGACCUUUGGAUCCAGUCCCUCCAGGAGACUGUCGAACCUUCCUGCGAAUCUCACGUCUGGCCCCUUCGCUCACCUCAUCUACAAGAACGUGACCGUUCCUGUCUACACCACCUUGAAAGGGAAGGCCACACAGAUCAGCAACGUUCCCUUCCCCGAGGAGUCCUCAGGAUCGGAUGAUGACAGCAGCUCCCAGGCCAGCUUCCGAACGUCCACCGCGGGAUCCGAGUCCAGGAAAACCAAUGGCCCCGGGAGUCCCAGAGCCGUGAAAAGAGGUGUCUCCAUGUCCUCGGUCAGCUCGGAAAGCGAUUACGCCAUCCCUCCUGACGCCUGUUCGGUGGACAGCGACUACUCCGAGCCCGAGCACAAGCUCCUCCGGACCUGUUCUGUCUACUCCGCUGAGAGCAACAGCAACGAGCCGUUAGAAAAGUCUGGAUACCUGCUGAAGAUGGGAGGCCAAGUCAGGACGUGGAAGAGACGAUGGUUUAUGCUGAGGAACAGCGAGAUCCUGUACUACAAGUCACCCAGUGACGUCAUCAGGAAGCCCCAGGGCCGGAUCGAGCUCAGCUCCUCCUGUCGUGUCGUGCGUGGGGAGGGAGCACAGACCUUCCAGCUGGUGACGGAGAGCCGGACGUACUACCUGACGGCGGACUCGCCCAACAUCCUGGAGGAGUGGAUCCGGGUGCUGCAGAACCUGCUGAAGGUGCAGCUGGCCAGCCCCGCAGCCUCUGCUGCUGCCACCACACAGGCCCAGUGGAAGCCCUCUGCCCACGGCUGGCUCACCAAGGUGAGACACGGAUACUCCAAGCUGGUCUGGUGCUCUCUCAUCGGGAAAACGUUCUAUUACUUCAGGAAUCAGGAUGACAAGUUUCCCCUGGGUCAUCUGAAGGUGAGAGAGGCGAAAGUGGAAGAAGUAGACCGGUCCUGCGACUCCGACGAGGAUUACGAGGCAGGAGGUCGAGGAUUCCUGUCCUCCCACUUCACCCUGGUCAUUCGCCCAAAGGAUCAGAGCCCGACUUAUCUGCUGAUUGGAACAAAGCAGGAAAAGGACUCCUGGCUCUACCAUUUGACUGUGGCUGCUGGGAGCAGCCGCUCCAGAGUUGGCACAGAGUACGAGCGGCUCAUUGGGAAGCUGCUGGAUAUCGACGGGCAGGCAUAUUCUCCGAUCUGGAAGCACGCGGUCCUAUGCUGCAGUAAAGACGGCAUCCUCAACGCCCUCACCACCCUUCCCUCUGAUGCACUGCAGACAGAAGCACUGAAACUCUUCAAGUCAUGCCAAUUGUUCAUCAAUGUGCUGGUGGAAGCGCCCUCGAUUGACUACCACGUGUCACUGGCUCAGAACGCACUUCAGGUUUGCCUGACGCACACGGAGCUACAGAACGAAAUCUACUGUCAGUUCAUUAAACAAACCAGCAACAGGCAGCCGCACAACUUCUCCCUCAUCCAGUGUUGGCAGCUGCUGGCGCUGUGCGUCGCUCUUUUCCUUCCCCAACAUCACUUCCUGUGGUAUCUCAAGCUUCACCUCCAGCGACACGCGGACCCCAGGACGGAGAUAGGUAAAUACUCCAUAUACUGCCAGAGGUCGGUGGAACGUACGCUGCGGAAUGGGGACCGUGAAGCGAAGCCGUCUCGGAUGGAGAUCAUGUCGAUCCUCCUACGAAACCCUUAUCACCACUCUCUGCCGUUCAGUAUCCCUGUCCAUUUCAUGAAUGGAACUUACCAGGUUGUGGGGUUUGAUGGUUCCACCACAGUCGAGGAAUUCCUGCACACAUUGAAUCAGGAGAUCGGGAUGCGCAGACCAUCGCAGUCGGGAUUCGCACUCUUCACAGACGAUCCAUCUGGAAAGGACUUGGAGCACUGUCUACAAGGCACUGUCAAGAUUUGUGAUGUUAUUUCCAAAUGGGAACAAGCCCUGAAAGAACUCCACCCUGGGAAAUAUGAGAGCAACAGGAUAGUGAGGCUGAUGUACAAGAGCCGGAUGUAUUUCAGAGCCCAGGCAAAGGGAGAAACAGAGCGGGAGCGCCUCCUGCUGACUCACCAGGUCAAUGACGAGGUGGUGAAUGGCCGAUUCCCCGUCAGUAAGGACCUGGCCUUGGAGGUGACUGCGUUAAUGGCACAGGUGGAGUACGGGGAUCUGGCCCGCCCGGCCCCUUCCAGCCCCGGGGGAAGCUCCCAGUCCAAGAUGCAACAGUUUCUGCAGCAGGUUCUGGAGAAAUUCUACCCCAAGCACUACAGACAAGCUUGCACCCUCGAGCAGCUCAAGCGGCUGUCUGACAGACUGGCAACCAAGUGGAUGUUACUGGGGGGCUGCAGCGGUGCCGACUGCGUGCGCAUCUACCUGACCGUGGGGCGGAAGUGGCCGCUCUUUGGAGCGAAACUCUUCGCUGCCAAGCCCGUUGCGCCUUCGCCUCUUGAAGAGAAGCCCGUGUGGUUAGCUGUGAAUGAAGAUGGCAUUAACAUCCUGGAGUGCAGCACAAUGCAUCUUGUGCUAAAUUACUCCUACCCGUCCAUCAUGACCUUUGGAGGCUAUCGUGAUGACUUUAUGAUUGUCGUCAGCAAUCCCAAGGAUGGAAGCCCGACCAAGACCACUAUAGAGAAGCUAGUAUUUGCCAUGGUCAAGCCGAAGAUCCUGGAGCUGACUCUGACGCUGGCCAGCUACAUAAACUACAGCAGCUGCCACAUGCAGGCCGUCCCGUCCAGCUCCUCACCGCCAGCCGCCUUCCCCUGCAGCAAUGUGUGGGAGAUGGACAGCAAACUCUCCCCGAGCACCACGCGGACCACCCAGGGUCCAACCCUGCUCUGACCGGCAGCCAACGCCAUUCGAGGACAAACCACUUGGACACUUCACAUGGUGCACGCUGCAUUCUUGCGCCUGAACCUUGUUGCGGUUGUGUGUAUUUAUGUCUUGAAUAGUGUUUAGAUUUUUUUUUUUAAUUGAUGCUUCACUUACUACAUCAGUAGCAAGUUGUGGGUCUCCUUUGGGCCAUCGAUGCUGAGGCUGGUCCACAUUCAGCAAACUGGAGCGCUAGAGGCUGUUUCCAUGGGCACCAUCCACUAGGAGAGGUGCCCCCACCCCCCCCCC